AUGGAAGACACGACGAGCACUAGCACCGACACCAAGUUGAUCUUCACCGACUCGGAUACCGCCAACAGCAACAGCGUAAGCGCUGGCGCCGAUGCCUCGCAAGCUGAUCUCCAGGCGCAGCUGGCUCUGUUCCAGCAGCAACAGCAGCAGUACAUCCAGCAGCUCCAACAAACAAAUAGUGAGCAGCUCCGUGCCAUGUACAGUUCCAGUGCCAUGAUGCAGCCUUACAUGCUGUCUCAGUCGAUGUUCCCGCGUCCGACAACCCCCAACUCGGCUGAAGUUACGGAGGAAGAGCCAGUUUACGUGAAUGCCAAGCAGUACCACCGGAUAAUGAUUCGUCGUCAGCAACGAGCAAAGCUGGAGGCCAAACUGGGAAACCCUCGUCAGCGCAAAGCAUACCUCCAUGACUCUCGCCAUAAGCACGCUAUGCGGCGACCACGCGGACCCGGGGGUCGCUUCCUCACCAAAGACGAGAUCCAAGGCCUGAAGGAUGGCACAAUGGUGUUUGAAGAUCUGCCAAGGAAGGCCGCACCGAAGCAGUAG